UUCAGAAUGCAUGAUUGUUGUGUAUGCACUACUAGCAUGAAUGGGAAGCUUAGUUCAGCCUUGAAGACCUCUCUCCAUGGUGGCCACAGUAGAAUGAUAUGAAAGGCGAGGUGAAGGAGUACUUUGGGGAAUACGCGUGUCUACAAUAUGUGUGGGCAACGCCUCCUCCUCACUGUGAUUGGUGUUGCAGGUCGAGACCAGUGCAACGAGUGGCCCCCAAGUGAUUGAGAGCCACUCUGCAGUGGACACAAUAUGCAUCUCUGGUAGUCAGAGCAUCUUUGUGACAACACUGAACUGUACACAUCACUAUGCAGAUACAGCUUGAUUCACACUUGUGAUGCACUGGAAUAAAAGUUAACAUACGAAUAUAUAGUACUGAAUACAAAGCUAGUCCAUUAUUAAAAUUAUACAAAAUCCAUUAAAAUUUCCUAUAACAGAUAAAGACAUGUUUAUAUUUCCCCAACUAAUGAAUUGGUCUGUAUAUUAAAGGUUCUUUAAGUGACGUCCAAUGGGACAACACAUUCAUGAUUAGUGGAUCAAUGAAGUGCUAAUGUAAUCAAUGGAACUCUCGUCUGUAAAAAGUGUACAGGGAGAUUAUGACUUGCAAUAAAUUAUAGAUUGAAACGAGCCCAGAAAUAAGCAUACAAUUAAUAAUUCCGAAGUUUAAUAAAUUUGAGUAAAUUGUCAUGUUCAUUUCCCACAUUCUUGGUUUAUUUAUAAUUGAACCAAAAGGAAAAUUAGGUUUAAGUUUUAUUUGUGUCCUGUUAUUUGAUAAUAUUUCUGAUAGAAAAUUUGCUGCAUAAACCCAACCCGCCUGGCCAUUAACAAGACCCAAAUGAAAACUGCUCGAUUCUCUUUUCAGGUUAAAUCUACAAAGUCAAAGCAAUAACAUAUCUUUCACAUCCAGUAUAUCUCAAAAUAAUAUACUGCCAAGGGAAUACUUCAUAAAUUAAAUCACUGUUGGCAAAUGUAGCAGGCAAUUUGCACAAGGCAAGUGACAUUUUCACUACUUAAAUGGCAAGCCAUAACCAACUCCAGUCAAAAGCAUCUCCUCAAUAAGUUUUUCACUGUACAUGUAACAAUAAUAAACCAAUACUAAUACCAAAGAAGGAAACACCAUCACCUCUAAAUUUCUCCAAAUACCCUGUUCCGUGGAGUAGCAUUUCACAGAAUACACAGCAAACAGGCAAGCAUUUGACUCAUCUAAUCAGUACUGGUAUUUAUAUUCUACAUUUGUCCAUUCCAUCUACCUCAUCUCAGCCUUUCAAUAUAUAAUUCCAUUCCCCUUUCUUUAAUGUAUUUGUUUAUUUUAGAACAUUUCCAAGAUAUUUGCCUCAACAAAUUCCUGUGAUAGAGUGUUCCACUCACUAACAGCUCUAUGAAUUAUAAUUUUAUUUUUCUUAUUUCCUUUCUUUGGAUUCUUAGAUUCUUUCCCUUGCAGAAAUAUUUGAUCCACAUCUAUCCUAUCCAACCAUCCAUAUGUUUAUCAUGUUAUCUCUAUUUUUUAUGAUUAAAAACAAAGUCCCAGUCUGUUCAAUCUGUUAGAAGGGAAACCUCUCAGUUCUACAAAACUUCUAUAUGUAUAAAGUAAAUGUUGGCAAUUUGUUUAAUAUUCCACUUGUGCACAAAAGGAUGUUGCCUGGAGCAACUUUAUGGAGUUUUUAAAAUGUAUCAAGGUGACCUAUUCUCUCGAUCACGUGUCAAGGUUUUGACUUUGCUAUUCUUUCAUGUUGGUGAAAUAAUAAUCAUGGAACACUUUGCAUACUACCACAGUGCAAGUACUUUGCCACACAGAUCCACGGUCCAAGAUGGUAGCAUUCCACCAAAGUCACCAAGGAGCUAUUGCCGAUAAAUGCUGCUGUUGCUAAUGAUGCUCACAUUUAAAGAAAAAGAAACAAAAUGGUGUUUAUCCCAAACGUGUGCAGGUUAAUGGUUAACCAACCAUUUCAAAUUUCCUCCAAUGAAUGGUAGAAUCUACAGCGAGGUAGUUGAUGGAAACAUGAAGAGACCAUGGAGGUUGAAGGGCCUGUUUCUGUGCUGUAAAACGCUACCAUAUAAAGGUUUUCCUUUGUUUUCUAACUUUUAAUUCCCGGUUAUUCCUUCCUUCUUUACAUAAUCAAGACAGCCGCUGAAUUAUUCUAUUCCAUGAAUUAUUAGAGUACAAACAAACCAUAAUUGAAUAUAUCAGACGUUUUAAACAAUCUUUUAUUCUUCCAGACACAUCACCCAUAAUAUCUGAAUACUACGGAAGGAUAUACUUUCAGAAGGUGAACUUCUUUCCAACCAGCAAAAGUGGCACAGCACAACUGAACAUCAAGGUUUCUAGAAUGGAAGGGAAGACCAAUAAGAAAGAAACUCAUGAUGAAGGAAAAUCUAACAAUACAGAAAACUACCUGCAAAAGGGCAAGAACUGCAAGGUGAUCACAAUUAAUGUUGGUGGGCAUCUAUACACAAUGCAGAGACAUACAUUAACACAGUAUGUUGAUUCCUUGCCAGAAGCUUUAAUCAGUGGCAAAAUUCAGAAUACUGUUGAUGCAGAUGGGAACUACUUCAUUGACCGUGAUGGCUUGCUGUUCAGGCAUGUCCUUAAUUUCCUACGAAAUGGUGAGCUUCUCUUACCGGAAGGAUUUCAAGAGAUUCGACUUUUAGCAAAGGAGGCAGAAUUUUAUCAGAUAAAGCCUCUGAUAGAAGCUCUGAAAACCAAGUCAGCAAAUAUGCAAACAGCAUCAGAAGCUACGUUCCUAGAAAUAAUCGACAGUCAUGAUCGCUCUCAUGGCCUCAAAAUCUACUGUAAUUCUUCAGAUUUCAUUGCAAGGAUCAAGUCCCGCAUUAUUCAAGUGUCAAAAAGCCGUCUAGAUGGAUUUCCUGAGGAAUUUGUUGUCUCAUCACAUGUCAUCAAGUUUAAGUUCUUCAUUAAAUCUGAAAGUGGGGCACGUCUGGUUCUCAAGGAAGACAACACAUUUAUUUGCACCCUGGAGACUCUAAAGUUUGAGGCCAUCAUGAUGGCUUUAAAAAGUGACUUUAAGUUGCUGACCAGCUUGGAUAGCUCCAAGGGAUCAAUUGUACAGAGUGAUGCACUUCAUUUUCUUAAGUAAAUCCAGUUUUACAAGUAAUCCACCGAGGUAAAAUGACUAUUUUGCAACUGCUUUACCACUGCAUUUAUGCUGCAAAACUGCCUGCUCAAUCUGACAUUAUCCCAAUAUAAAUAUCUUAGGCACCAUUAAAUGGCAAAAUAGAAUUGCAGCUAACUGAUUACAAUACUAUCUCUUCAAUUUUUAGAAUGAAGACCUUGAACCAUUACAUUACUUAGUAGGUUAGAAAGCAACAAUAAAUAAAUGAUUUAGGUAUUUUAAGUAAUGUUAUUAUUUUAUGAAUUGGAAAUAAAUGAUUUUUUCAUAAUUUCACAACCUGAAAUAUGAAAUAAUUUGCUCAAUCUCUGAAAAUAUUUGGAAAAUAUUCCAUGAUGCCACUUUCAUUUUAGAAAUACAAUGCAAGUUAUUCCCUUAGUUAUUAAGUCUCAAAACCAUUUCAGUUUUUUUACAAAGGGUUCUCAGAAAAUGCUUGGAAAAUUGUCUGCAAAGAUACCACAAUUUCGCCUGUGGCUGUGAUGUUUUGCUCCAAGAACAAGCAGACAUUAUAUGCCGCUGUACUGUUAACUUUAUAUUAAAAUAAUUAAUUUUGAACUUGGAAGAACAAAGUAGAUUUAAUUUGAUACAUGAGGUUAUUCUCAUUUAGUCCGCAUGAUUCAUUCAUCCUUUUUAUAUUCAAGUUUCACAUUGCAUUAUGAAGUUAUUCAGUCAUAGAUGAAUAAUUAUUGUCUUUAAUAUAUGUAGAUGCACAAGCUUGGAAAGAAAAAUGGCAUUAUUUCAGCAUGUUCAUUAUUUACUUCAAAUAUGUUGCAUUAAACUAAACAAGGCUAGUCUGCAUGAUGUACCCAUCAAUUAAAAUCACCCUGAAAUAAUUCAUUAAUCCCCUCACCAUAAAAUAUCAGUGCCAUUUUAUACCUGAAUUCGUGGAGAAAGCAAAGAUCAAUUAUUAACAGUGAGCUUCAAGUAUUACUCAUAUCUCUGCGAAGUAGCACCUAGCACAGACGAAUCAUUCAUCACAGGGAUAAGAUAGGCUGAAGGAUUAUAACAAGCCAGUCUUCUAUAUUUUCUAACAGCUUCACUGAUGACCAACAUUGUGUCCAACAUCUGCAUUCUAAUCGAGACUACGGUGGAAGGGUGAGAAUAGCUUGAACAGAAAUUCCCCGAGGAGAGGGAAGAAUGGCAUUUUAUGUCAAAAGCACAUAGUUAUUUACAGCUUGGUAAUGUGAUUUUCUGGCAUGAAAAUAUUAUGAAUUACAAUCUGCAGCUGAGAAUUAUAGUACUUGCACAUAUCAGACAAUAUUGUUAAAUGCAACUAAAAUAAAUAUUUAAGCAGUAACAGUGAGCAUGGGCUAUUUCACAUAUAUCAGCUAAUAAAGAAUUUAAAUCCAAAAUGUUUACUUUCAACUUGUUUUCAUUAUCUAAAUGGCAGUGAAGAUUUGAAAUUAUCUAUGCAAGAGAACUGUGGAGGCUCAAUUGGUAUAUCUCAUGAGAGAGAUCAAGAACUACAAUUCUUGCCAACUUGUGCAUGGACAGUUAAAAUUCCCAUUCCUUCUUCACAGUUCCAAGCUUACCACAUUUAGCAAAUAUUUCACUUUGUCUGUUAGAUCCAAAUUACCAUGUAGAUGCUCACAUUUAACUUUUUCAGCCAGUUUUGUUUUCAUUUAAUAUGUGUAUGCCCUUUUAUUACAUAUUUUCCAAGACAUACCAUCUGUUUGCUUUCUAAAAACCUGGACAUACCACUCUAUUCCUUCGUCUACCACGAAUAGGAAAUGCUCUUAUAGUUCCCAGCAAGUUACAUUCUGACAAUCAAGAGAUUAAAUUAUUUAGCCCAACUUCCUUUCUACUAUCUCCCAACCAAUUUUAAACAAAGGGAAAUAAGCUCUCUGAACAUCAUGCUCCAGCACAAAAAAUACUCUGAUCCACAUCAUCCUCGCAUUUUAUUCAGAGCUGGUACACACCAAACAGAUCAAGUAUCUCCCGUCCUUGAAGCACAUCCCAUUUUCCUGGGCAGCAUUUUUCAAAUUAAAAAAAAUGCUAUUGCCUGAGACUGGUGGAUGCAGUGCAGCUGGGUGCAAGAAUUCAAUAGAUGAGCACAUUUCAGCUGUCAUUCUAAGGCAUUCCAGCAUUAACUACAAUCAGUAUCUAUAACAAAGCUGGAUGAGGUGAUCAAGUGCAACAUGUCCAUGUUUGAUGAUAAUACGGUCGGAGGCAGUAGGGGUUAUGAUGAUAAUACAGAGAAAUUUCAAGUGAAUAUAAAGAGAUGAAGUGACCAUGUGAGCAGAUGGUAUAUAAUGCUGAAAAAAUGAGUGGCCAUCCAUUCAGGUGUAAAUCCAUAAAGGUUGAGUAGCUUUUAAAUGGCGAAUGAUUGAAAGGUGUUAGCAAUUAAGAGCACUAUACAGUGACGCAGCUCAUAGAGCUGUUGCCUUCCAAUGUCAAAAACCCAAGUUCAAUCCCUAUCUCCGGCACUGUCUGUGUGGAGGUUGCAUGUUCGCCCAGUGAGUGCCUAAAUUUCCUCUGAUUCUCUAAAUUCCUCCCAUAAAGUCUAUAACAGGUGGACUUAAAUAGCUACUGUAAAUUGUCCUGAUUGCAUAGGUGAAUGGUAGAAUCAGGAGGGAGUUGACAAGAAUGUGGGGGAAAUUAAAAAAAUGGGUCUCGUGUAGCAUUAGCACAAAUACUAGUUAAUGGUCAGCAGGUAGUUGUGGGCAGAAGUGUCUGUUUCCAUGCUGUAUCUAUGCACCGCAUAAUGACUUGAGUGUCCUUGCACACUGAAAGUUAACAGUUAACAACUAAGAAUAGGUUACAGGGAAAAAAAACUGUUGGGAUAGGAUUGUGAGAAGGCCAAAGAACCAAUUACUAAAAUUAUAAAAGGCCAUAAUCCGUCCACACCUGAAAUUCUGCAUAUAAGUUUGUGUCUAAUAAAGGAUAUACUUGUGAUAAAGGAAAUGUAGCCAACAUUCACCACAUUGAUUCUAGGAAUGGGAUAUUGGUUCCAUGAGAAUAAAUUAAGCAUAUUGAGCCUAUAGUCUCUGGAAUCUAAAGAAUAAGAAGUGAUCUCACUUGGAUAGGUUGGGUGAGAGGGCAAAUGCAUGGCAGAUGCAGUAUAAUGUGGAUAAAUGUUGGGUUAUCCACAUUGGUGGAAAAAACAGGAAAGUAGACUAUUAUCUGAAUGGUGACCGAUUAGGAAAAGGGGAGAUGCAACGAGACCUGGGUGUCAUGGUACACCAGUCAUUGAAAGUAGGAAUGCAGGUGCAGCAGACAGUGAAGAAAGCGAAUGGUAUGUUAGCAUUCAUAGCAAAACUAUUUGAGUAUAAGAGCAGGGAAAUUCUACUGCAGUUGUAGAGAUUCUUGGUGAGACCACACCUAGAGUAUUGCGUACAGUUUUGGUCUCCUAAUCUGAGGAAAGACAUUCUUGCCAUAGAGGGAGUACAGAGAAGGUUCACCAGACUGAUUCCUGGGAUGGCAGGACUUUCAUAUGAAGAAAGACUGGAUAGACUCGGCUUGUACACGCUAGAAUUUAGAAGAUUGAGGGUGGAUCUUAUAGAGACUUACAAAAUUCUUAAGGGGUUGGACAGGCUAGAUGCAGGAAGAUUAUUCCUGAUGUUGGGGAAGCCCAGAACUAGGGGUCACAGUUUAAGGAUAAGAGGGAAGUCUUUUAGGACCGAGAUGAGAAAAUCAUUUUUUACACAGAGAGUGGUGAAUCUGUGGAAUUCUCUGCCACAGAAGGUAGUUGAGGCCAGUUCAUUGGCUAUAUUUAAGACGGAGUUAGAUGUGGCCCUUGUGGCUAAAGGGAUCAGGGGGUAUGGAGAGAAGGCAGGGAUGGGAUACUGAGUUGGAUGAUCAGCCAUGAUCAUAUCGAAUGGCGGUGCAGGCUCAAAGGGCCGAAUGCGUCACACACACACACUAACCACCCCCCUUG